AUGGAAGACCACCUUGACCCGGAAAGACCUCCGUCGCCAGUACGACAGCUGCGCAAUUCAUUUGGUGAUCCGAAGCCCCCCAGAAAUCAGCCGCCGGAUAACAAGCUGUGCGCUGAGCCACCUUGCGCUCGAUGCAAGAAACGCGGAUUGUCGUGCACCGUGAACCGGAGCCUGCAGAUGCUGUUGGAGGGCGACACCGCAUGGAAGUACUCCAUGGAAAAGAAGGUCCAGAUGCUUCAAGACACGAUUGGUCAGCUCGUCGGUCAUUCAGCCGGAGACCCCACAAGGCAAUUGCAUGCGACGGAUGGUCCUAGCACUUUGUCUGGAUCUGUUGAUCGAACCAAAAUCGCUUUUCCUCAAUGCCCAAGUACAUCGAGCCCUAUAAAUGCAGGAAAUCGUUGGGACGUUGUCAUGGACCCAAGCCUGGGCCCUGGUGCUGCCCCUGGAUCAUACAUCACUCAAAUAUCACCAGCAACUACAACCAGUAAUGCUUCGGACUUGAUUGCCAGAGGGAUCAUUACUCUUGAGAACGCGAAGCUAUACUUCUCGAAAUACCAACAGAGGCUUGAUCACUUCGUAUACCGCAUACUUGGAGAUCAUAGCGAGGUGACCUUUGAUAGCACUCGGAGGGCAUCUCCACUCUUGAUCGCCGCCGUCUGUACUGUAGGCGCGCUCCAUUUUGCCUCAACACAUGCGGACUUCGAUCUGUGUCGAGCAGAGUUUGUUUCUCUCAGCGAGAAGCAGAGCUUUGCGCCAUGUUCCUCCAUCGAAACCGUGCGGGCGCUCUGCAUCGGCGCUUUCUGGCUGACAGACUUAUCCUGGCCUUUGGUUGCAACCGCCUUACGCGUGGCUACAGAUAUGCAACUUCACAGAAGCUUCUUCAAAGCCAUGAGUGGGGACAAGGCGCACUACAUUCGGACGAGGCUGUACUAUCAUGUGUACGCCUGCGAUCAUCAUGCAUCAAUUGCAUUCGGCAGACCUCCUAUGACUCGGGAAUGUGAAGUGAUCCGCCAGGCUAGGAGCUUUAUUAGCUGUGCACACGCGACCGAGGAUGAUUCCCGUCUCGUGAGCCAGGUUACUCGGUGGAGCCUUCUCACAAAUGUUUUCGACACCUUCGGCGUCGAUAUUGACCGGCCUAUCUCGGAUAUUGAGAUUGCCCAGCUCAGGAGGUUUGGGUCAUCACUAGAUAAUCUUCGUGCAGAAUGGUCUGACCGUUUUAUCGCCAAUGCCCAUGUCGGGAAUUACCCUCGCAAGGGUGUUAUGCUUCAGUACCAUUUUGCGAAGCUCUAUCUUUGCUCGCAUGCCUUCCGCGGAGUGCCCGGCGAGGCUCACCCCAUGUCGACGGGAAUGCGGAUAGAACUCGACGAAAUAGCGAAUAGCGCAGUCUUUUCGGCUAUAGCCAUUCUUCGCUCUGUGGUUGAUGACGCAGAGAUUCAAUCUUUUCUGGAUGGACUCCCAGCCUACUUUGAUAUUAUGAUUACCUUUGCCGUUGUAUUUCUUCUCAAAGUCUCAGCCAGAACUUCGCAUUAUGUUCAGCUCGACCUACUCAAGAUAAAGAGUCUUUUAGACAAUGUCGCAAGUACACUCAACACGGUCGCCUCUAUUUUGCACCCGCGGCAUCUCCUUACGAGCAUCUCAAAAGGGGUCCAAACACUUGUGAGCCGGUUUGAUCCAGCAGAAAUGCAGUCUUCUAUCGCCAUCUCUGAGCUAGCAAGUCCUCUACCUGAAACAGAGUCCUUGAAUACCGACCUGGGAUUCGAUCCCUACUUUCUGGGCGCGUACGAUUUCCAAAAUAAUCAAACGAUGGACCUGAGUUUCGACUUCCUUGAAAACCUGGACUCUUGA